AAUUCCUAGAAAUAUUUAAAGUCCUCGAUUCAGACUUAAAAUAAAACUAACACGUGAUUUAACGAGAUUCUAUAAUCAAGUGGAAUUCUUCAUAUAAACGUAGAAGAAAUUAAUCGUUUAAUUUAAUAUUGAACUCUAGUGUAAAACGUAACAUAUAAUACAAGUAACCUAAAUUAUACUACUGAAGAAAAUAAAUAAUAAACGAUCAACAAUGGAAAAAUUGAAUCUACCGUUCGAUACAAUUAUGGAAAUGCAAGAGCCAGUAAUAUUUCAACGAAUAUUGCAAGAUGCAAAAGGUGAAUAUGCUUGGAAAUUAUUUGAAUGGAAUUUAUCCGAACUUGCUGAAAAAUUCGGAAACGUUAAAUUACCUUUUCGAGUUGGUUAUAAUGCUAGAUCUACGAGUCCACAAUGGGAAACAAAUUGCUCGACAGUUUCAAUGACACUGUCGGAAUUUAUUCAACACACAGACCUCCAUAAAGAUGAUAAGAAAUGGUAUUAUUUCGAUUAUAAGUACAUGCACGAGUGGUUUAAAACUAAACCAGAAAUUAUAAAUUCCUUGAAUUGGAAAAUAUUUGGUAUUGAUAAAAGUGGAGAUGAUUCUACACUUUGGAUUGGAAGCAAGGGAGCUCAUACUAAUUGCCAUCAAGAUUCUUAUGGUUGCAAUUUAGUAGCUCAAAUUCAUGGAAGGAAGGAGUGGUUGUUGUUUCCUCCAAAUGCAACUAAUUUUCUGCAACCAACAAGAAUUCCUUAUGAAGAGUCCACAGUGUACAGUAAAUAUAAUUUCUUUUGUGCUACUAAAGAAGAUGAGACUAAAAUAUUAAAAUUAGAAGAAGGACCGAGACUUGUAACUUUGGAACCAGGAGAUGUACUAUUUGUUCCUCCUGGUUGGUGGCAUUACGUUGAAUCAUUGGAUUUGUCUGUCAGUGUCAAUAUUUGGCUGCCAAUAACAGCAGAUCAUGUAUCAAGAGUCAAGGAAGCUAUUGUUAAAUUAAUAGUAGCUAGAAUUGGAAAAAAUGUAUAUAAGGAGUCUUCUGAAGCUGAUUGUACAUUAUCUGACUGCAUGAAUUUGCUUGGCAUUGCCAUUAGGGGAUGUGAAAACAUAGAAGAUGAAGAAUCAUCUUUGAAAAAAAUGAGACGUACUGUAUGGACUGCUAAAGAUUUAGCAGCAGAAUAUCCUGAUUAUGUAAAACUGCUUCAUGAGUUUGGGAAAACAGAUUUGGAAAAAUUUCUAAGAUUGAAAAGAGAACGAUUUUCGGAAGAAUUAUUAAAAGGCAAUUCCUCUGCAACUGAUACAGGUGCAGAUAAUUAUUCUCCGCGUCAACAACUGUCUGAAAAUAUUGUGAAUGCACUUUGUCAUCCUGAUGUUAUCAAUAAAGUUACUGAAUUGCUUUUGUUGUAAUAUUGUCCUUAAUUUU